AACACUGGGGCUUCAUGACUCAUAGGCAGCAGGGCCCUGCGUCCCGGCAUUACAGUCAUUCCACACAGCAGCCAGGCAGGUCCCCCUCAGACGCAUGUGCCACCGAGGGCUGAGAAGUCACCAGGAACUGCACGGGCAGACCGAACAGGACCAGCGAGGAUCUUACACUUGGAUUUGUUGUGAGCGUCUCAGACGACUCCGCAUGGAGCCGACAAACCUACAGAAAGCUAUAGCUGUUGCGCAGAAGGCCUCACAAGAGGACCAGGCUGGCAACUAUGAGGAGGCUAUCCGUUCCUACCAGCACGCCGUCAAGUACUUUCUCCACAUCACUAAACGUGAGCCCCAGGGCAAAGAGGGCAACCAGCGAAUCAGGGAGCGGUGUAAGCAGUACCUGGACAGAGUGGAAGAGCUGCAGGAGUAUCUAGUGAAUAAAGAGAAAGCCAUAGAUCUUGCCAGCAAAGCAGCCCAAGAGGAUAAAGCACAGAACUAUGAGGAGGCACUCCGUCUGUAUCAGCAUGCUGUUCAGUAUUUCCUCCAUGUGGUCAAAUAUGAAGCCCAGGGGGACAAAGCUAAACAGAGCAUUCGGGCAAAAUGUGCUGAAUAUCUAGACAGAGCAGAGAAGCUGAAGGAGUACCUGAAGAAAAAGGAGAAGGCCCCCCCUGCCAAGCCUGUCAAGGAGUCGCAGUCUGAAGACAAAGGAAGUGAAAGUGAUGAGGGUGAUGAUCCAGAGAAAAAGAAGUUCCAGAAUCAACUCUCAGGUGCCAUUGUUAUGGAGAAACCAAACAUUAAAUGGAAUGAUGUCGCUGGUUUAGAGGGAGCCAAAGAAGCUUUGAAAGAAGCGGUCAUUCUACCCAUCAAAUUCCCACACCUUUUCACAGGGAAGAGAACACCAUGGAGAGGGAUCUUACUUUUUGGACCUCCGGGUACAGGAAAGUCAUAUUUGGCCAAAGCUGUGGCCACAGAGGCCAACAACUCAACAUUCUUCUCCAUCUCCUCCUCUGACCUCGUCUCCAAAUGGCUGGGGGAGAGUGAAAAGUUGGUGAAGAAUCUGUUCAGCCUGGCGAGGGAGCACAAGCCCUCCAUCAUUUUCAUCGAUGAGAUCGAUUCCCUGUGUGGCUCAAGGAGUGAGAAUGAGAGUGAGGCGGCUCGUCGUAUCAAGACAGAGUUCCUAGUUCAGAUGCAGGGAGUGGGGAAUGACAAUGAGGGAGUACUGGUACUUGGUGCAACCAACAUCCCGUGGACACUGGACUCUGCCAUCAGACGACGAUUUGAGAAGAGAAUCUACAUCCCACUGCCAGAGGAGCAUGCACGCUCCUUCAUGUUCAAGCUCCACCUGGGCUCCACCCCAAACAGUCUCAAUGAUUCUGACUUUGUCACUCUGGGCAAGAAGACAGAUGGGUACUCGGGAGCUGAUAUCAGCGUCAUUGUCAGAGAUGCACUCAUGCAGCCUGUCAGAAAGGUCCAGUCUGCCACCCACUUCAAAAAGGUUCGAGGGGCAUCGAGAAGUGACCCCAACAUUCUUGUAGAUGACUUCUUGACCCCUUGCUCACCUGGAGAUCCGAAUGCUAUUGAAAUGACAUGGAUGGAUGUCCCAGGGGAAAAGCUAAUGGAGCCAGUUGUUUGUAUGUCUGACAUGCUGAGGUCACAGUCCAACACAAAACCUACAGUUAAUGAACAAGAUUUGGAUAAACUGAGAAAAUUCACAGAAGACUUUGGACAGGAAGGUUAAAUGGGAUGUUUGCAAUACCAAAGCAGCAGAAUUGUGAUUGUGAAGUGUUCUUUGCCUCUCAUGCUGUCUUUAACUCUCUCUCUACCCCCACCCCAACCCACAUCCCUGAACCUUUCACCAGUCCUAGUUGUGCAUGACGGGGCCACACAACUGACGUAUGAAGCCAGUCUGUUUGGCCAUACGAAGGAUGGAAGACAUUUUGUCUGAUGUCCUGUCCUCCAUAGUCUAUGAAGCUAAUAGGACUUUAUUUGUUGCGUUUCUGCAGCUGACCUUAUAAAAGAUUGAUUGAUAUCUACUCAUUAAUUAAAGAGCGUUCCUUUGGUUACUUAUUGAAUAAAAGUCAUUUUUGAGUGCCUAAGCAAAUUGGGACAGAUCUACCUUCAGAUAUUCACCUUACUGCAGAUCAAGCAAUUCAAAUAUGUGGAAGUUGGGAUUCAUUUUUUUAAAGCUAUGAUUAGCCCACACAUUAUGGGUUUUACCUAACUUGACAACUAUUUAAAGUAGAGUUAUGUUUUCCUGUUUGUUCAGCUUUGAUCAAAGUACACUAGACUGUAAGAAAUGCCUUUAUUGUUCCUCUAUUUUGUAUCGAUAGGAUUAAAAAGCAUUUUAUAUACAAUACUUAAUGGAAAUGUGUAACUCUUGGGCCAGGGACAGUGAAACUAACAAUACAUGACAUUGCUCUUUGAGUUCUUAUGUUUAGGGGUGGAAUAUAGGCCUUUGUAGUCACAUGGUGGUGGACAUGAUUUGGGCUUCAGGCACAGACGGACACUCAGGAUGGGAGCUGCAAUAGGCCAGUCUUGCCCAGUAUCUGACAAAAUACCAUUAUGUUUAUUUAGUGUCAUUUUGCUUCCAAAAAGGGUAUGUGUAUAGAUUACCAAAGGUGCCGGGCAAGCAUUAUUUCAUAGGUAGUUUCAGCAUUGCUCUGUUCCUCACCUCAUUACUACCUUUCACAACCCACAUUAAUCGAUGUACAUCCCCACGAGCCAUUGCCGGGUAUCAUUAGUACAAACUGGGGGGAAAGAAUCUAGGCCUUAUUAAGGACAAAGUGGCAGUGUCCAUUUCGAAGAAACAACUUUGGCGUGUUACUGAAAUGAGAAACCGGUAACAUGGUGGAGAGAUCGUGCUCAUGUUGACUUUAUAACAUUGGAAUGCAGCUCCAAGCAUAAACCAUAUGUAGCCAUUAAGAGUGGCAAUGUUGCACCAUGUGCCUUCUAAAUCAAUAGUUUUCGAAACCUCAAGCACUCGCAGUACUGCUGGUUUUCUACUCUGCCAGGCGGUCAAUAAUAGUAGCGACCUGUUGUGCCAGGUCUAGCUUAUUAGACAGGUGGAUACCUGUCACGUAUGCAAUUACCUACAGAAAACAAGCAGCACUGCAGUUGUGCAAGGACAGGUUUAAAACCACUGCUCUAAAUGACUUGCAAGAUUUUUUUUUUGUUUAUUUUAUUAAUUGGAAGUCGUGUGCAUGUAUGUGUGUGUAUAUAUAUAUAUACACACAUACAUACAUACAUACA